AUGGCUGAAGAGUCAAAUGUUUUGGCAAUUCCUGAAGCGGGGAUGAAUCAAGAUAAUUUUGAAUCAGUGCUCUCGAUUUUUUUUCAUCCUUUGCUAAACGUAUCUCGCGACGUCAUCUUUGACGAAAGCACAUUCUGGCAGUGGAACGACGUGGUCGAGGCAGACCACAACCAAAAUCAAUUCACAUUGAAGUACCUCAUCACCGAGCCGGAAGAAGGAGGAGCCCAGCAUCAAGAACCGUCACCGCCGCCAGCAGGUGCACCCCCUGAACCAGUGGAGUUCACAACACCACAGAGGCCGAAUGUGAGAAGAAGAUGCGAGUGCUGCACACAGACCGAGGCAGAGAAUUUACCUCAGCAAGUUUCGAACGGAGUGGUGGAGCGCCAAAAUCAGACGCCAUAUGAGGCCUGGUACAACAAAAAGCCAGUUGUACAUCAUCUCCGCAUGUUCGGUUGCAUCGCAUACAUGAAGGUAACGCGUCCCCACCUUGCCAAGCUCGAUCCCAGGGGGCUAAAGGUCGUCUUCAUCGGCUAUGAACCCAGGCGCAAGGCGUACAGACUCUAUGAUCCUGUAGGGGGAGAAGUUGUGAAGCACAAGGUCCGUCUGGUGGUGAAGGGCUACGUCCAGAAGCAAGGAGUGGACUUCGAAGAGGUAUUUGCGCCGGUGGCAAGGUUAGAAUUCGUCCGUCUUUUGCUGGUAAUUGCGGCACAUUGCUCUUGGGAGGUUCACCAUAUGGACGUGAAGUCUGCUUUCCUUAACGGAGAGCUGAAGAAGACCGUCUACGUUCGACAACCACCUGGCUUCCUGGACAAUGACAACCCCAGUAAGGUACUGCGCCUGCACAAGGCACUCUACGCGCUUCAGCAGGCCCCACGAGCCUGGAACGCGAAGCUCAACAGUAACCUACUAUCACUGAAGUUCAAGCGCUGUGCCUCUGCGCAUGGCAUGUACACGCACGGCCAUGGCAAGCAGCGACUGAUCUUGGGAGUGUACGUCGAUGACCUCAUAAUCACUGGAGGCAACAUGGAAGACCUCGAAAGGUUCAAGAAGGAGAUGUCAAAUAACUUCAAGAUGAGCGAACUCAGCGUGCUCAGCUACUACCUCAGCAUCAAAGUGCAACAGAAUUCUACUGGCAUCUCCAUCUGCCGAAGUGCGUACGCGAAGAAGCUGUUGGACACAACUAGACUUGCGGACAGUAAUCCUACAAGGACGCCAAUGGAGGCCCGGCUCCAACUAAGGAAGGCCGGCACUACGACGACAGUCGACUCCACCAAUUACCGCAACAUUUUUGGGAGUCUGCGCUAUUUGGUAAACACUCAUCCUGUUCUUGCUUAUUCUGUUGGAUAUCCUCAGCAGAUGAAAGAGCAACGCUUUUCUAAAGCCUACACAUCCCAUCAUCCAUUGCUUGCUCCCACCUGGUUGUAUCCUCCAACUGUAGGGUCUCAGCAACAGUCUCAAGAGUUUUUUAUGGCUCUGGAUGAUCUUUUCAACACCUUCUCAAGUGUCGCUCGUUUCGCUUUUGGUUCCUCAGCAACAGUCUCAGAAGUUUCUUGA